AUGGCUCUCAAACUAAACAUCAACGGGAUCAAAGGGAAGAUCAGAGAACUCCGCACACUCCUGAAUUGGCAGAAAAAUCUCCUUGAAUACAAACGACCAGAGAACUGGCUUUUUCAGCGAAUCUCGGUCGCUGUAUUUUGCACUUUCUUUUACUUAAAAAAGUUUCAAGAAACCAAACUAUCUCCUAACAAUCAUACGCCCUCAUUCCCGGGCUACGAGGCUAUCAGGCUGGACCGGAAAACGAAAGGAGACGGUGGUCUGCUCACUUUAAUAAGAAAUAACCUGAAAUUCAUAUACGUCUCCUUUGAAGUGAUCGGUUCUUGUCCAAGGAGCUAUUCUGGCACGCAUCGAUGGGGUAAUCUUAUGCGGGGACCUCAAUGCGAAACACCCCCUUUGGCUGUCAACUCAUUCGAGAGAGAAAUCUUUACUUUUCCAAUUGAACUCCUUAACAAUUCUGAACGAUCUUGCGAGGAACACAAGGAUUCCACUCAGAUGACGUUUAGGAAAGGGUUAUUUGGAGAAAAGUUGUCAGAACUCAAGGUUGAAUUUGAAAAGCAGUUUUUUGGUGAAAAUUAUGAAAGAUCAGUUGAUUUUUACGAAUUUUGUGAACUAUUAGAGACUAAUGAUUUAAUUCGCGUGAUUUUGACUAACAAAUCUGACGGAAGCAUAUCAUUGGGCGGAGAAAUUAUCGCAGGAGCCUCGGCGGGGGCUUCUCAAGUAAUAUUCACGAAUCCGAUAGAAAUCGUAAAAAUCAGACUGCAAGUUGCAGGGCAGCUACAAAACACGUCUAAUUUAACUGCGGCUCAGGUCAUUAAACAAAUUGGCUUAAUUGGACUUUAUAAAGGGGCUAGGGCUUGUCUUUUGCGUGAUAUUCCAUUUUCUGCCAUUUAUUUCCCUCUUUAUAACCAUCUCAAACAUAAGUUUUCAGGCGAUAAUGUUCCUUCAAUUUUUACUUUAUUAUUAGCAGCAACAAUUGCAGGUUUGUUAUUUAAGUUUUAUCGUUCAGGGGCUCCUGCUGCGGGACUUGUAACACCUGCCGACGUCAUAAAAACUCGUCUCCAAGUGGCAGCCCGAAGUGGGGAGACAACUUAUGGCGGGAUUUUCGAUUGUGUAAGAAAGAUUAAAGCAGAAGAAGGUUUUUCCGCUUUUUGGAAAGGAUCUGCGGGUUGUAUUAUUUUUCUCAUUUUAGCGAGAAUAUUUCGUUCGUGUCCACAGUUUGGUGUGACUAUGAUGACCUACGAAGUUUUGUGCAGUUUUUUAGGUCGAAACAAGUAUAUAUCUUCUGUGUUAUGAUUUUAAAGAUCUACUGAACCCGAUCAUUCUGUGAAUCCCGACCAUAUCGGGAAUUACAAACAUGCAUUUAAAGCAUUUUCUGGGUUUGAACGGAGAUUCGGUCUAUUUUUUCCUUGUUUUAAAAACUGA